UGUGCAUUAGCAUAAUCAAUUGCUGACUCGUCUAUAUGGAGCAGAGGGAUGGAGCCUGAGACAUUUGCUGCUGCCUGCUGCCUCCUCCUGAUUUUGAUGGCUCAUUCCUCCUAAUUGGAUCAACUAGGAAGUUGCAUGCAGUCGGUGCAGUUCUGAAUGGUGCGUGUGCGUGAGUGUGUUCUGAUUUUGGGAAGACCUACCCUGUACAGUGUGUGAUUGUGUGUGUGUGAUUCUGUGCGCGUAUAUGUGUGUGUUUUCUGAUUUUGGGAAGCCCUACCCUGCAGUGUACGAGUGUGUGUCUGUGUGUGUGUGUGUGUGUGUGUGUGUGUGGGUAUCAGUGUGAGUGUGUGUAAAGUGGGAGGAGGAGGAAGCUGAGUUUGGCCUCUCCCUCUCUCUCUACCCCUCCUUCUCUGCCUCCCACUCUCUAUAACUAAUGACCUCGCUUCCACUGUGCACAGAAGACAGGCACCUGCUGCUUCUUAAUGACUCCAGCUUCUCUCUGUCGCGAGUGCUGCAGCCACACUGAGUCACAGCAGCAUCCUGCUUCAGCCUCUGCUGCCAGCUCGUGUGGUGCGCGUCUCCUCAAGGUGCGGGGAGCCAUCCCUCCCACCGACUCCGCAGGUGAGAGAAUAGAGGGAGCACCGAAGGACGUCUGACUGAGAAGAAAGGCCACUCCCUACGUCCGGCUGCUGAGCUGCUUGCCGAACCCGGGAAUGACUGAGCGUUUUUGUGGCGGGACUCCCUAACUCCACCGGAGAGGGACUGAAGCAGUGAAGAGCUACCGCGUUGCCUCUCGUCUUCCCCACCGAGCAAACGGUGCUGUCGUCGCCGUCUGUCUGAUGGCUCGUCUCCCUGCUCCUCCCUGCCCUCGUCCACUUGUUAUUUGAAAGGUUUUUGCCGGAGAACAGGCUAAUGCAGUAGAGACAUGGCUGAGGAAUUGGGCUCGAGCUCCCCCGAAUCCUCCACCCCUCCUUGUCCGACCCCAUCCGGCACGGCAGAGGGGAGUUCCACAGCCAGCCAGGUGGAUGGGAAUGGUGCACUGGGACUGAGUGGUCUCAUUGCUACCUGCUGCAUCUGUAUGGAGGUAGAGCGUGUGCGAACUUGCUUAAACUCCGAGAAGAUCUGCAUCGUCCCCAUCUUGGCCUGCCUGGUGAGCCUGUGCCUUUGCAUUGCUGGCCUCAAGUGGGUUUUCGUGGACAAGAUAUUUGAGUACGAACCUCUGACGCACCUCGAUCCCAAGCGCAUAGGCCAGGGUCCUGUCAUCUCUGCUGACCAAGCAACAGUGGCAGAAUGGCCUCCGUCAGCCACCUUCACAACCACCAUUCUGAUAUCCGACUUGGUCCGGACACAGAACGCUCCUGAUGACCCUCUGACGCCCACCUCAACGCCCUUUCCCAGCCCUUCCUCUCAUCCCCCAACCUCCACUCCUUCCUUCCUAUCCUCCAUCAUUGUCCAGUCUUUCUCCCCAGAAACUGUGGUCACCAGAAGUCGUGAGGUGACAGAAUCGACAACUGUCUUACUUCCCCAAAUGACCGACACAAACCUUGUUAUUCCACCAGCGUUUACUACCACAUCUCCCACGCCUUGGUCGGGCCACGCAAGGCCAUGCAACGAAAGCAAUCGCCACUACUGUGUGAACGGGGGACAGUGUUUCGUUAUCGAUGGUAUUAAUAAGCUCUCCUGCAAGUGUCCAAAUGAGUUUACUGGUGAUCGCUGUCAAAACUACGUAAUGGCCAGUUUCUACAAGCAUCUUGGAAUUGAAUUUAUGGAGGCUGAGGAGCUGUACCAAAAGCGAGUACUGACGAUUACAGGAAUCUGUAUUGCUGUCCUGGUUGUCGGCAUCAUGUGUGUGGUGGCGUACUGCAAAACAAAAAAACAGAGGAAAAAGUUACACGAUCGGCUAAGACAGAGUCUCCGCUCUGAGAGAAACAACAUGGUAAACCUUGUAAAUGGACCCCAUCACGCAAACCCCCCAGCGGAAAAUGUGCAGUUGGCAAAUCAAUAUAUAUUGAAAAACCCUGGAUCUACUGAACACGUCAUUGAGCGGGAAACGGAGACCUCGUUCUCAACAAGUCACUACACAUCCACAGCCCAUCACUCUACCACCGUCACUCACACACCCAGCCAUAGUUGGAGUACGGGUCAGACGGAAAGCAUCACGUCCAACAGUCAUUCCGUGCUUGUGACGUCGUCGGUGGAAACCAGCAGGCAGACAAGCCCAGCCAAACACAGAGGUCGCCUCAAUGGGGUGGCCAGUCGGCGGGAGAUGUUUAUCUGCGUGAGGAACUCCAGGGACACUCCGGACUCUCUCCGAGAUUCACCGCACAGUGAAAGGUUUGUCUCCGCCAUGACCACCCCGGCCAGGAUGUCGCCCAUAGAUUUCCGAACUCCCACGUCUCCACAGUCGCCGGGAUCGGAGCUGUCGCCGCCGGCCUCCAGCCUGACGAUAUCCAUGCCCUCGGUGCCCAUCAGCCCCUCGAUCGAGGAGGAGAGGCCCCUGCUCUUGGUGACGCCGCCCCGGCAGCGCGACAAGAGGCAGGGCGCCUACCGGCAGUACCGCGGUGCGGCCAGGGACAACACCAGCCUGUCCGCCAGCCCCCACAGGGCAGCAGAGGAUGAGGAGUACGAGACCACGCAGGAGUACGAGCUGGCCCUCGAGCCACCCAAGAAAGGGGCCAGCGGCAGGAGGGGGAAAAGAACAAAGCUUAAUGGCCAAAUAUCUCACAAAACGGAAAACGGGAGCAAUCCUAACUUGGACAGCAAUAGCUCUGACAGCGAAACUGAAGAUGAGAGGAUAGGUGAAGAGACGCCAUUUCUGACCAUACAGAGCCCCGUGGAGAUCAGUGGAGAAUCAGCCCCUGCAUACCGAUUGGCUGAGAACAGGACUAACUCUACCAAUAGGUACGCAGCCCAAGAAGAGUUGCAAGUCAGGCUGACCAAUGUAAUGGCUAAUCAGGACCCAAUUGCUGUCUAAAACCACAUUGAUGCACCAGUAAAACUUUAUUUUAUAUAAUGAAGUACUCAAGAUACUUUACUUUAAAUUAAAACAUUUUAUUUUAUUUUAGCAGAAGAACCUUGCAGCUGGUAGAAAGUCUACAAGUUUUUAUAGAUUAAAAUAUAUAUAUGUAAAAAAAAAAGUUAGCAUUCACAAUACUAAUGUGCCAUAUGUAGCGUUUUUACAGUAUUUCAACACAGAAAGAUAUCAAUGGUGCCUUUAUGUUACUUUAUGCUGAGAACAAUAAUGCAUCAGUUUCAAGCGACUUCUCCAAACCUUUGUGAAGAUGAGGGAUUUAAUUUGAGAUGUCCAAUGUGUUAUUUCUGGGCAAUGGAGCUUGGGGUGUCCACGGCCUUCAAAGUGAGAUAUAACAAAUUGAUUGUUAGCAAAGGCAAAAAGAAAACAAAAAUUUUAAAAAAACACACACACAGGAGGGAGUGAAGGAGAAGUUUGACUUGAGUUUUGAUCUGCAUGUUCAGUAGUAUUUCACAGCUGUGAUUUCUGUAGGGACCUAACAGCUUAUAAAAUGGAACAAACUUUCCUACAAAGGGGAAGCUGAUCCAGAGACCUAGAGGGGAAAGCCAGAAUCUUUGAGCACUCCCGCUGGGGAUUUUUCACAUGAGGAAAUCUGUUGCAAGCAACUCACCACUUUGCACCAGCUGUCUUUGAAGGUAAAGAUUUUGCAAAAAGCAGAGAUUUUUUUGGUGUGCGGAGGC